AUGAAAUCACCUUUCUUUGGCCAUGUGCUGAUCUUCUUGAUGAUUUCUCUGUCUAGAUUUCCACAUGUAACUGCUUCCCUUCGCAGAUUAGGCACCAAUCUUACGUCCGUCACAUUCAUUGGAGACCUGCAUGCAGAUGUGGGCUGUGCCAAGGAAUGGGUUCAAAAGACGGGACUCGUCAACGUCACAUCUACACCCUAUAAAUGGCUUGGUGAUCCAGAGAACGAUGCAUUAGUCUUUCUUGGAGACUACGUCGAUAAGGGGUCAUCCUCUGCGUCCGUGUUGCAGUUUGUCAGAUCACUUCAGGAGACCUUUCCCGACAACAUCUUGACGAUACUCGGCAACCACGACUUUUUUCUGAUAUUGGACACUGCAUUGUCAUUUUCCAAAGAUAAUCCGCAUCCUCUUGGGUUCCCUUUCUAUGAUUAUGCCUAUUCAUUUAUGCAUCCAGAAGAAUAUUUGGAAUCCGAAUGGGUGGAAACUCGAACAGAUGACGAAGACAUUUAUGGUGUGCUCAUGACGGCACUUCAAAAUACCUAUGCCAAACGGAUGGAAGGCUCUGUACACCUAUGUGCACCAGAAUGCAAUAGCGAGGAACAAGUCAAUAUCUUUGAAACGAUAGCCCCAUUCAAAACAAACCCCGAGCUGGCAAAGAAAACCCAGGAUCGUCUCGGUACUUGGCGUUCCGAGUAUGCCAAAGGCUUAUUCGAUUCCGGACUAUUGAGAUGGAUGACCAAUCAACCACUAGUCGCCGUUGUUGGCGAUGCGCUGAUUGUGCACGGAGGAGUGUCCAAACAAGUUGUGAACUACAUGUCAUCCUUGUCGACUCAUUUUGACAUUGAUGUUGCCGAAGCCUUGCAAACACACAUAAACGAGCAGUUCCAAAAGUUUUUUGAGAGUAAUCUUAACAACGUGACUGGGCCAAACAUGAUAAAAGGGCGCAUGACUGCGGGAUAUUUAACAGAACUCAUUUUGGAUUUGGUCCAACAUCGUGGGUACUUUGACCGCAAAAGUGGCUGCAGUGAUGUCAAUCAUGUCAUUAGCACGGUGAAUUCAGAAGAAUUACCAAUCAAACGGGUAGUGGUUGGACACACACCAAACUCAUACGCGAGAGAACUGUGUGGUGGCAAGCUAUUGGCCAGUGAUUCUUCCUUGUCCAGAUCCUUUCGAGCCUAUGGCAACAUGUACUGCCCUCUGAGUAGUGAACGAGCGGCACAAUAUGCUAAAGGUGCCAGUUGCGGCGCCACACCAGAAGAUUUCUGCGAUGGAUCCAUUAGCAGAAUGACCCGACCAUCUGCAAACGAUCCAUGGCCGACGAAAAUGGAGAGAUACUUGCUUGAAGAGUUGACACCGCUUUCGGAACUCGUGAUGGAUGAAUUGCUAGAGGAAUUGUAA